GGUGGGAAAAAAAACAAAAAUAAUCUGAGCGGGGCGGCCAUCUUGCUUGAGCUCGCUAAGGCAGGGAGAGAGUGGAAGUGAAGACGGAGGAGAACCGCAGCGGGAGAGAGCAAACCUCGGGUGUGUGUGUUCGUUCAGACCGGGGUAAUUUACACAACGGGUCCACCGCCACCGUGAGGAGAAACUGCGUGGUUGUGUCUGCGGUUUGUGGUUUUCCUCCUCGGGAUCCGGAGAGGAAACAGUGGGACUGCUACCCGUGGAGCUAAGCUAACGGCUAGCCGGGCCAGCUAGCUGUUCGCUAACCGAGCUGGGGUCGUCAGCAGCGGACUGAGGGCUGCAGCUCCGCUCGGUAACAUUGUGGCUGAUCGCGGAGGGCUGUUUUCCAGGCGCGGACUCUGAUCCCGGAUCACACCACCAAGACGUCGCUCGGAGCAGCGCCUCAUAGGUCGAUCUUACAUUAAAACACGAUAUGAACAGUCGGGAUUUAACUUUUUCUUCGACGUGACUGUGAGCCGGGAGGAAAGAGGCAGGUUUUUACAGAUAAAAGCAGGAAUGUGGAGCGGCUCUACCACCGGCUAGCUACAGCCGGAGCUCCGCGUUAAUCCCGCUCUGGAAGCGCACUAAAUCAGUGCAGAUCGAUGAAAAUGUCCCGUCUGAUCCCGGAGAAAAAGGCUGUUUUUCUGCUUCAGGUUGCUCGCUGUUCCCCUGUCAGCUGCCAACUGUUUACCUGCCAAUGACAUUGCCUGUAAUUACUCGGAGAACCGAACUGUUCAGCUGCGUCUGAUCCCGAUGAGGAGACCUGAAAGUCGGGUGGUAUUACCCGGUGUGUCGGGCUGUUAGCGGAGCCUCUGAACCCAGGCCUGACCUCGGAUAAACGGCUCCACAUUUACCUCACCUCACCGUGGUUAAAGUGUCAUAUUGUCUCACGUUAAACCGUGAGGACCGGGGCCGUGUCAGAGGGGUCUGGACCGGGACAUGGUGCAGGGUCUCCGCCGCAUCUCAAAGCUCGUUUAAAGGGACGUUAAUCCCCGGUUUCCUCUGGAUUAUAACUGUAAUAAUAAUAUUAACGGACUGUGUGUGUCUGUGUGUGUGGAUCCAGGAUGGGAUCAGCGACCAAACUGGCCUUCAGUGUUUUCCUCAUCUCCUGCUCCUCAGGUGCCAUCCUGGGUCGCUCAGAGACUCAGAAGUGUGUCCACUACAACUACAGCCCUUCGUCCUCCUCCUCGGUGGCGGGGGUGGAGGGUCGGGGGAACGUCAGCGGGGUGAUGACCUGCUCUGGGGAGAAAGACAAGAGGCUGCACUGCUUCGCCACCUGGAAGAACGUCUCUGGAGCCGUGCAGGUGGUCAAACAGGGCUGCUGGCUCGACGACGUCAACUGCUACGACAGGAACGAGUGUGUGGAGAAGAAAGAUGCUCCUGAAGUUUUCUUCUGCUGCUGUGAAGGAAGUUUGUGUAACGACAAGUUCUACUACAGCCCCGACAGCAGCCAGCCACCGCCCACGACGAACAAACCGGUGACGUCUCCUCCCCCGGUGCUGACCACUCUGAUGUACUCGCUGGUUCCCAUCAUGGCCGUCACCGCCAUCAUCCUCUUCUCCUUCUGGAUGUACCGACACCACAAACUGGCCUACCCACCUGUACUGGUGCCCACACAGCACGCCUUUCAUAUAAUGAUCGAGGACCCCGGUCCCCUCCCUCCCUCUCCCAUCCUGGGCCAGAAGCCUCUGCAGUUACUGGAGAUCAAAGCCAGGGGGCGCUUCGGCUGCGUGUGGAAGGCUCAGCUGCUCAGUGAAUACGUGGCCGUCAAAAUCUUCCCCAUACAGGACAAACAGUCGUGGCAGAACGAGUUUGAGAUCUACAACCUGAACGGGAUGAGACACGAGAACCUGCUGCAGUUCAUUGGAGCAGAGAGGAGGGGCAGUAACAUGGACAUGGAGCUGUGGCUCAUCACUGCCUUCCAUGAGAAGGGUUCUCUUACAGAUUACCUGAAGGCCAACGUUCUCUCCUGGUCUGAGCUGUGUCUCAUCGCUCAGUCCAUGUCCCGAGGUCUCGCCUACCUGCAUGAGGACAUACCCGGACACAAGGACGGACACAAACCUGCCAUCGCGCACAGGGACUUUAAGAGUAAGAACGUCCUGCUGAAGUCCAACCUGACCGCCUGCAUCGCUGACUUCGGCCUCGCUCUCAGGUUUGAGGCGGGAAAAUCUCCAGGAGACACCCACGGACAGGUGGGGACCAGGAGGUACAUGGCCCCGGAGGUCCUGGAGGGGGCCAUUAACUUCCAGAGAGAUGCCUUCCUGAGGAUCGACAUGUACGCUCUGGGUCUGGUCCUGUGGGAGCUCGCCUCGCGCUGCAAAGCUGCUGACGGUCCAGUGGACGAGUACAUGUUGCCGUUUGAAGAAGAGGUGGGUCAGCACCCGUCUCUGGAGGACAUACAGGAGGUGGUGGUCCACAAGAAGCUGAGGCCGCUGCUCAGAGAGUGCUGGCAGAAACACGCCGGUCUGGCUCUGCUCUGCGAGACCAUUGAGGAGUGCUGGGACCAUGAGGCCGAGGCCCGGCUGUCGGCCGGCUGCGUGGAGGAGCGCGUCGUGCAGAUGCAGCGGCAGACGAGUGUCACGGCACCUGAGGAGAUCGUCACCGUCGUCACCAUGGUAACCAACGUGGACUACCCGCCCAAGGAGUCGAGCCUAUGAUGAGGCUCGGGGGGCAUGGGGGUGGUGGGGCGAUUGGGGGCAGGGUCGGAGCAGGGACUCCCCUUGGCGAGCGCCGCCCCGUCUCCGACCAUAGGGUCACAAGACCCAGUCAGGUGAGUCUUAGACUGACGAGCAGAGGACAACAUGGCGGAGAGUCUCCCUCUCUCUGGCUCAUCAGUUCCUGUUUUUUACUACAAAAUAAAAGACUUUUUCUACGACAGUGUGAGGAUAAAAACAGUUUGUGUGAUUUCAGUAUAAAAAGGGCGACUUUAGUUUUUAGACACACGCUGUUUGUUUCUCUGAAUGAUGUGAUGCCAAUAAGAAACAGCUUCUGAAUGUCUGUAUCACUGCUGUGUAUAUAUAGAUUAUUACUAUAUACAUAUAUAUAUAUAUAUAUGUAUAUAUAUAUAUAUAUAUAUAUAUAUACAGAGAUGUUGGAGAAGCAGAAUAAUCAGGUUAUUGAUCCACACAGGAAGUCUUGACGCGUCAAACAAACCAGGAUGUUUCUUUUCUUUCCUCUGACGUUUGAUUCUUUAACAUCUGAGGAGAAACUGGAGUCGACCGAUUUUAUCGAAAGAUUUUAAAUGUCUAAAUAAAGAAAUAAAGUGAGACACUCGUGAACCUUCACAAUAAAAUACCACAGUAAACACUGAGAGAAAACACUGAGCUGGUCGUCUUUCACUCUAUUUCUUCAUUCCACUUCUUUCCUUUAAUCUAAAUCUUCCAGACUAAAUUCUGAAUCUGAAUGAAAACGACAAUCAAAACAUGAUUUUAAUGUUUUAAUGAAUAAACUGUGUCGUCCAGUUUCUCCUCGUCAGAAACCAAAGAAUCAGUCGAGCUGCUGAUCAAUAACACUAAUAAUCGAUCAGCUGUUAGCUCCUCCUGAAACUAAAAGUAAGCUAGAGUUUUCUGUGAGUCCUCAGAUUUAAAUUUAGAGAAGAAAAAUCCCUCAGAAUAUGAACAUUAGUGAAAACACUUCCCCUGUUUUAGGUUUUAAUAUUUGAAGCAUGUGUGUUUUUAUUUCAGUCCUCUGACGGUUAGUUUUUCUUCGUCCUCCCUGUUUGUGGUUCAGAUCCUCUACAACCUCGCGCCUGUUCUCAGACAUCAAGAGAAAAUCACAGAGCACUGAAUAAAACAAUAACUGUAAAUCACAUCAGCACGAAAAUCAUGGUAGAAAUUUAAACUGGGGUUUUAAAACAUCUGCGACCGUUAAUUCUUCUUCAUGUUGACACAUUAACCUGACGCGUCCUCUCUCACAAUCACAUCUUUUCCUUUCUAAAUAUCUAAGAUCCUGAUGUUGUUGCAGUGCCAGUGUUUCCUCUCAGCUCACAGUUUAAUCCGUUGUCCCAGAAAGAAACAUCCUUGUUCCGAGUUGUACACAAGUUGAUCUGAUGAUGGAUCAUUUCAUCUCCGUGGUUACCUGCUUUCUGCAGGACAACACACACAGCAACAGGACGCAUCAUGACACAAGGUGAUUCGACAUGACGUUGACAGUGACGUGACAUCGACAGAAUGUGACAUCGACAGAAUGUGACGUGACAUCGAAGUGACAUCGACUUGACAUCGACAGAAUGUGACAUCGACAGAAUGUGACGUGACAUCGACAGAAUGACAUCGACAGAAUGUGACAUCGACAGAAUGUGAC